GUGUGUGUGUGGGGAAAAAAAAAAUAUAUAUAUAUUAUAUAUUAUUAUAUUACUUACAUACCCCCUGAUACUCAUACGUGUUUGUGCGGUAAAACGACAACACAGGAGUUAUUUAGACAGCCAGGGUUUUAAACACAAUUUGUACAUUGUUUAAAAUAUUUUAUAUAUCGUAGGAGUGCUUCCUACGGGAUGCCGUGAUUUCCUUGCCCGGUCUAGGACCGACUGUGGUGUUUGUCUUCAGUCGCGCCUGCGUUUAAAAAGCGAUGCUUCGAGGCUGUUAGUACCUCUGCAGACCCACCAGAUGGCGACUCUGGGAAGGAUGCCGAGCAGGACGAGAGAGGAAGAACUCCGUCAGGAGGGGUCAGGGCUUCCUGUCUGGAGGACCCGUCUGGAACAAUGCGCCUGCGAGGAGGUACUUCUCUGCUGCAAAGGGUUUUUGGGCCUCGGAUACAAAAAGGAACUCCGCGUUAGGAGUAGCCACCGGGUGCAUGACGUACUGUGGUGUUUGUCUUCACUCGCGCCUGCGGUGGAAAAAAAAAAAAAAAAAAAGCGAUGCUUCGAGGCUGGCAGUACCUCUGAAGACCCACCAGAUGGCGACUGUGGGAAGGAUGCCGAGCAGGACGAGAGAGGAAGAACUCCGUCAGGAUGGGUCAGGGCUUCCUGUAUGGAGGACCCGUCCGGAACAAUGCGCCUACGAGGAGGACCUACUGUGGUGUUUGUCUUCACUCUCGCCUGCGGUGGAAAAAAAAAAAAGCGAUGCUUCGAGGCUGGCAGUACCUCUGCAGACCCACCAGAUGGCGACUGUGGGAAGGAUGCCGAGCAGGACGAGAGAGGAAGAACUCCGUCAGGAGGGGUCAGGGCUUCCUGUCUGGAGGACCCGUCCGGAACAAUGCGCCUGCGAGGAGGUAUUUCUCUGCUGCAAAGGGUUUUUGGGCCUCGGAUACAAAAAGGAACUCCAUGUUAGGAGCAGCCACCGGGUGCAUGUAAGUCGGUGGACCGGAAUCCAGCCACCUGCCCUCAUUUGUGUUUAACAUGAUUAGCAAUAUCGAUGUUUAGAAAGUUAGCAGUGUGCUUCCGUAUUGAUAGAGGCUAAGCACAUAGCCUAAACGUCGACGUAUAGCACACAUAGAACGCGUUGGCUAACAUACACAGACUGAUUUCACUGUUAGAAACCUGAUGUAAUGUUUGGAUAAAUGUAUUAAACAAGUGUAUAUAAUAAAGGAAUAUAAGAGUUUGAGCUUAAAGUAGUUCAUUAGAUGUUGCUACAUCCUGUGUGAGACUGUAAAGUGCUG